AUCACUGUCUCAGAAUACUUUCUAAAUGAACAUUCCUGUGACUCUCAAAUUGCUGGAGAUGGCAAGUCCAGCGGUCAGCCCUGACUCUUCUUCCCAUGAAGCACUUUCUUCUGUCAACUCCAUGCCUGCAUGUUCCCCUACUUCCGACUCCGAGAACUUGAGCCCGGAUGAGUUGGAGCUCUUAGCCAAGUUGGAAGAACAAAACAGGCUUUUGGAAGCUGAUUCAAAGUCAUUACGCUCUAUGAAUGGCUCACGAAGGAAUAGUGGGUCGUCUUUGGUAUCCAGUUCUUCUGCAUCAUCCAAUCUGAGCCAUCUUGAAGAGGAUACCUGGAUCUUAUGGGGAAGGAUUGUCAAUGAAUGGGAAGAAUGGCGGAAAAGAAAAGAGAAGUUACUCAAGGAACUCAUAAGGAAAGGCAUCCCUCACCAUUUCCGAGCAAUUGUUUGGCAGCUUUUGUGCAGUGCCACAGACAUGCCUGUGAAGAAUCAAUACUCAGAAUUGCUGAAAAUGUCUUCUCCUUGUGAAAAGUUAAUCAGAAGAGACAUUGCCAGAACAUACCCGGAACAUGAGUUCUUCAAGGGGCAAGACAGUCUGGGCCAGGAGGUUCUCUUCAAUGUUAUGAAGGCUUAUUCUCUAGUAGACCGUGAGGUUGGGUACUGCCAAGGUAGUGCGUUCAUCGUGGGACUGCUACUCAUGCAGAUGCCGGAAGAGGAGGCCUUCUGUGUAUUUGUACGGCUGAUGCAAGAGUAUAGAUUACGGGAAUUGUUCAAACCCACUAUGGCUGAGUUAGGACUUUGCAUCUAUCAGUUUGAAUACAUGCUGCAGGAACAGCUACCUGAGUUGAAUAUCCACUUCCGCUCCCAAAGCUUUCUCACCUCUAUGUAUGCAUCAUCUUGGUUUCUUACACUCUUCCUCACUACUUUUCCUCUGCCUGUGGCCACACGAGUAUUUGACAUCUUCAUGUAUGAGGGAUUGGAAAUAAUCUUCCGUGUAGGAAUGGCUCUUCUGCAAUUCAACCAAACUGAACUGAUGCAACUGGACAUGGAAGGGAUGUCACAGUAUUUUCAGAAGGUGAUUCCUCAUCAGUUUGACAGCUGUCCUGAUAAGCUGAUCUUAAAGGCCUAUCAAGUCAAAUACAACCCUAAGAAAAUGAAACGACUGGAGAAAGAGUAUACUGCAAUCAAAAACCGGGAAAUGGAAGAACAGAUUGAAAUCAAGAGGCUCCGUACUGAGAACCGCCUUCUGAAACAGCGAAUUGAAACCCUGGAGAAGGAGAGUGCUGCCUUGGCAGAUAGAUUGAUCCAGGGCCAAGUUACCCGUGCACAGGAGGCUGAGGAGAAUUACAUUAUCAAGCGGGAGCUGGCAGUGGUGAAACAACAAUGCUGUUCUGCCACAGAGAAUUUGCAGAAGGCACGAAGCACGAUUCAGCAACUUCAGGAUCAACAGGGAAAUCCCCGCUACUCUGAGGAAUUUGUGAGCCACCUGGAAACAGAACUGGAGCAAUCCCGCUUGAGGGAAUCUGAGACUCUGAGCGCUCUUAAAGAGAUGCAGGAUAAAGUCCUGGACAUGGAAAAGAGAAACAGCUUGCUUCCAGAUGAAAACAAUGUGGCCCGUCUACAGGAGGAACUGAAGGGUAUGAAGUUGCGGGAGUCUGAGGCAAUGAAAUCCUUGAGAGAACUGCAACACCAAGUGAAGGAGCUCAAUGACAAUUGGCAGGCCCAUCUGAGCCGGACCGGAGGGCGGUGGAAGGACUCUCCACGAAAGAACACGAUGAACGACCUCCAAGAUGAACUGAUGAAUCUCCGUCUGCGUGAGACACAGGCCCAGGGUGAGGUCCGGGAGUUGCGUCAAAGAGUGGUAGAGCUUGAAACUCAGGAUCAGAUUCACAGCAACCUCCUCAAUCGGAUGGAACAGGAGUGCUCUGGGCUGCAUGAAAAGGUCCAGUACCUCACUGCCCAAAACAAAGGGUUGCAGACGCAGUUGAGUGAGACCAAGCGCAAGCAUGCUGAAUCAGAGUGCAAGAGCAAAGAAGAAGUUAUGGCUGUUCGCCUGAGAGAAGCUGAUAGCAUGGCUGCUGUUGCAGAGAUGCGGCAGAGGGUUGCUGAACUGGAAAUCCAGCGAGAAGAAGGAAUGAUCCAAGGUCAACUCAACAAUUCUGAUGCCUCCCAAUACAUCCGUGAACUCAAGGAGCAGAUUGAUGAACUCAAGGCAGAGAUUCGGCUAAUGAAAGGACAGAAGCCUUUUGAGGACUCUAUGGGUUUUGACGGUAUACAUAUUGUGAGUCAUCUGGCAGUGGACGAUGACUCGCUACAUUCUUCAGAUGAGGAAUUGCUGACCAGCCCUAUGGUAGUGGGUGCCCUGCAGGAUGUUUUGUAUCCACUGUCUCCUCACAACACACACUUUCUGCACGGGGCUGAAAGCUCUGGUAAGGAGAGUGAUGGCACCACAGAUAGCGACCCAGAUGACCCUGCCUCUGCCGCUGAGGCCAAUGGCGAGAUCAUCUUUGCAGAGGCCCUGGGCAAAUGAGGAGUGAUGCUGCCAUCCCAGCUCCAUCUGGAGUCAGUUGAUCCACUGGCCACGCUGUACUGAGGAAUCAGGGAUCAGCUGUUACUGAGUCUUCGGCCCAGUGAGUACCAUGGCUCAGAGGUGGCGUGGAGUGCCACGCGUGAACAGUAUGGAUUGUUAUCAGCACUGCCUUUUUUCAGCUUUGCCACUGGGAGUUAAAAUCCAAAUCCAGGUAUUGGCCUCAUCCAUGUCCUGCUUUCCACACUUUUUUUUC